UUGUACUGGCUUUGUCUGCAGGGGAGGCAUGGAGUCAUGGCGCCCCCGUUCCCGGGAAAUGGUACGGUCCCGCCCAUUGACGGUUAUUGGCAGGAACAUCACGGGUUUGGGCUUCCCAAAUAAAUAACCGUUGCUGGUUGCAUCGUGUUUUGAGAAAGCAGGUGGCUAUAGUAACGGCAACGUCAAUCUACCGCCCCGCUGAAGCUUGGAAAAAAAAAACGCGCGGUUGGGCAGACAGACAAACAAAUUUCUCACUGCUUACAACCACACCCCCCCCCCCGUGUCUGGACUUUGGUAGCAGCCGCGUUGUGCUCGUUUUUUUUUCACGCCGGUUGAAGAUGGCGGCGGCGCUGGAGGGUAGAAGCCGCUAGGACUGAGAGAGAGCUGGAUAAACCUCGUUUGAAUUCGCGUGGAUGUUGUUAUCAUUAAUGCCAAUAAUGUUUGCUUUCUAACGUCGUUUUCUGGGGUCGGAGCGCGGUGCUGAGAUGGGAGAGAAGCUGGAAUUGCGGUUAAAAUCACCGGCAGGAGCCGAAUCGGCUACAUAUCCCUGGCCUUUACCUGUCUAUGAUAAACACCAUGAUGCUGCUCAUGAAAUCAUUGAAACAAUCAGGUGGGUGUGUGAGGAGAUACCUGACCUGAAGCUGGCCAUGGAGAACUAUGUGCUGAUCGACUAUGACACAAAAAGCUUCGAGAGCAUGCAGAGGCUAUGUGACAAGUACAACAGAGCUAUUGACAGUAUUCACCAGCUGUGGAAAGGCACGACGCAGCCCAUGAAGCUGAACACUCCUCCCUCGAAUGGGCUGCUCCGCCAUAUCUUGCAGCAGGUCUACAACCACUCGGUCACCGACCCGGAGAAGCUCAACAACUACGAGCCCUUCUCCCCGGAGGUGUACGGAGAGACCUCCUUCAACCUGGUGGCUCAGAUCAUCAACGAGAUCGAGAUGAUGGAGGAAGACACCUUCGUGGACCUGGGCAGCGGUGUGGGCCAGGUGGUGCUACAGGUGGCUGCAGCGACGAACUGCAAACACUACUACGGAGUUGAGAAGGCAGACAUCCCAUCCAAAUACGCAGAGGCGAUGGACUGGGAGUUUACAAAGUGGAUGAAAUGGUACGGAAAGAAGCAUGGCAAUUAUUCGUUGGAAAGAGGGGAUUUCCUUUCUGAAGAGUGGAAGGAGAGAAUCGCAAACACAAGUGUGAUUUUUGUGAAUAACUUUGCCUUUGGUCCCGAGGUGGACCACCAGCUGAAGGAACGGUUUGCAAACAUGAAAGAAGGUGGCAAAAUCGUAUCCUCUAAACCUUUUGCACCUCUAAACUUUAGAAUAAACAGUCGGAACUUGAGCGACAUAGGCACAAUAAUGAGGGUUGUGGAAUUAUCACCACUGAGGGGCUCUGUAUCCUGGACAGGGAAACCAGUUUCUUACUACUUGCAUACAAUAGACCGCACCAUACUUGAAAACUAUUUUUCUAGUCUCAGAAAUCCAAAACUCAGGGAGGAACAAGAGGCAGCUAGACGUCGGCUACAAAGAGAAUCUAAAGAGAGCAAAAGCAACACGACUACACCGACCAAGAUCCAGGAACACAAGGAUUCUGGGGGUGAAGAUGAGAAGUCGGGGUCCGUGGCCCUGGUGAAGAAGGGGUCCCCCGCGAAGCCGCGCAAGGCCCGUAUCGGCAACAAGGGGCGCAAGAUGGCCGGCAGGAAGCGCGGCCGCCCCAAGAAGGCGAAUCUCAUCGCAGCCGCCGAGCGCAAAGCCAAGAAGAACCAGUCAGCCCUGGACCUGCUCCACGCCAAAACCGUGUCCCAGACAGCGCCCCCUCAGGAUGCAUACAAGUCACCUCGUAGCCCAUUCUUCCAACUACCUCCCAAAGUGCAACGCUAUUCGUCAGGGCAGCUGCUGCUCAGCCCCACCCCCCCUGCACUGCAGCAGCUCCUGGACUCCAUCAAAGUCCAGUACCUGCAUUUCAUGGCCUACAUGAAGACUCCCCAGUACAAGACCAGCCUGCAGCAGAUCCUGGAGCAGGAGAAGCAACGAAACAGCGAGCUGUCGGGCCGGGUUGAGCAGCUGUACACUCUCUGCCAAGCCCAGAAAGAGAAGACCAAGGGGCUCUUUCAGCACAAACUCGAGGAGCUGGGAGUGAAGGCCCUGACGUACGAGGACCUGGUCCAGGCGCAGAAGGAGAUCUCCGCCCACAACCGGCAGCUGAAGGAGCAGACCAAGCAGCUGGAGAGCGACGCAUCGGAGCUGAGGGAGCAGAGCCUGUGCCUGCUGAAGGCCCGGUGUGACGACCUGAAGCUGGACUGGUCGAGUGUGUCUCUGGAGUCUCUCCUGAAGGAGAAGCAGGCACUGAGGAGCCAGAUCUCCGAGAAGCAGCGACACUGCCUCGAGCUGCAGAUCAGCAUUGUGGAGCUGGAGAAGAGCCAGCGCCAACAGGAGCUGCUGCAGCUCAAGUCGUACAGCCCCUGUGAGGACACCCUGCCUUCCCACUACAGGAGCAAGGGGCCCCCCUGCCUGGACCUGCAGCCCCCCUGCCUCGACAUGGAGGUGUCCAAGCUGCCCCUGCCGGCCUUCAACGGGCUGAGCCCGGAGCUGUCCAUGAAUGGGGGCGACGGGUUCGACAGGGGGGGCAAAGCGGAACUCGUCUCGCACUACCUGCCCUCCCCUCAUGAUCAAGACAUCGUUCCCCCUACCCCCGGGGCCAGGCAGAGGCAGCCCAGCCACGCCCUGCCCGAUUACACACGCUUCUCCCCGGCCAAGAUUGCCCUGUGGAGACACCUCAACCAGGAGCCCAGCUGGGGCCAGAGAGCUGCACUGGGGCUGCACAGAGGUGAGGCUGGAAGGGAUGGGGCUCUGUCUCCACUCACCCCGGGGCUGAAACACGGACAGACCUUCCCAUUGCCCCCUUCACCUGGGAGCCAACAGAGCGGGGCGGCCAAGACUGCUGACAGCAAGGGCUGUAAAGAGAGAAUCCCCCCUGGAACUGCUGACACCAUCACCAGCCUCCCCGUCAGUAUCCCCUUGAGCACGGUGCACCCUUGCAAGCUGCCAGUCAGCAUUCCCCUGGCCAGCGUGGUGCUGCCCAGUCGCGCAGAGAAACUGAGGAGCACGCCUAGUCCGGUACCACAGACCCGAGACCCGGGCUACCCUGACAAGCUGAGCAGCUCCACCUGCCAGACCAACGGCAGCGCGACGGGACAGAAACUGCAGCACACACCUACCUCAGGUUUUUCCUUCAGCUCUGGCUCCAUGACUGUGAAUGGAGGCUCCCAUCCAGGCUCGGGCUGUUUCUCCCUGGAUCCCAGCUCCCUGGACGGGUCCCCAGUGUCCCGGGGCUCCCCGCCGCAGACGUCCUCCUUCCUGGUCAUGCAGGCGCGCAGCUCGGGGCAGGCCUCUCCCGGCAGCCCCCAUCUGGGGGGAAGCGGAGGGGGGCUCCACAGUACAGGAGGGGUGCUGCAGUACGCUGACGGGCCCCCCAGAAUCCUACCUGAGGGGAAGAGGGAGCUGGGGUCGGACAUGGAGCUGCUGGAGAGCGAAGCCAAGAGGAAGAUCAUCUUCUCAGGGACCCUGGGGGGUAAACAGCCCUCCUCUGCUAAGCUGGGACCUCCAGCCAGCCAUGGCCACGCUCUGGAGGGCAGGAAGCGUGGUAGGAGGAAGCGUGGCUCUGCAGGGACCACAUCCAUGGGGGGCUCCCCCAAACGCAAACCCGUUCCGGGACUCUGCACCCACGCCUCGGGGUCCCCUCUCAAUAUCAACUCCAUGGUGAACAACAUAAACCAGCCUUUGGAAAUCGCAGCCAUCUCGUCCCCGGAGAACUCUCUGAAGAACUCCCCCGUCCCGAACCUGGACCAGCCCCCCGUGCUCAAGAGGGAGCGCCCCCUGGAGUUGAACGGGGCAAGGCGCUACUCCCCCUCCCCCCCGUCCAGCUCUGACGAAGAGCACUGUGGCUUCCAGGACGACAGCGGCAGCAUGCGCAUUGAGAGGAAGAUUGCGACCAUCUCCCUGGAGAGCAGCCCCAUCAAGGCAGGGGACAGCGACAAGGGUGGAAGCUCGGCAGGCAGGAAGGCUGCUAAUGGCAUUGAAGUAUCCCCCUGUUCCUCCUCCUCCUCCUCCUCUUCAUCCUCCUCCUCCUCCUCCUCCUCCAGCAGCAGCAAGUGGAAAUCCACCUUCUCCCCGAUCUCGGACCCCAAGCAGCCCGCUUCGGAGUGUCUGCGGCAUGGGGGCUCUCCUUUCGGGGGGCGCUUCUGUGACUCCGACACGGACCACAAACAGCAGCAGCAGCAGCAUCACAGGAAAACGUCGGGGACAGGGGGCAGUGAAUCCAGUGGGGGUGACUCCCCGUGCCCGCUCAACAAUGGCUACCCCAACCAACACCAGAACUCCAAACCAUUCCAGACCGACAAGCACAGCUCAUCCCACCAACACCACCACCAUCAUCAUCAUGGCCACCACCACCACCAGCAUGGGGCAGCGUCAGUGGCUGCCCAGGGGAGGGCGAAGUCUCGGGACUGGGAGGUUGUGAAGAGCAGCAGUACUAACUGCAGCAGCAGCAGUAGCCAGAACCUCUUCUUUUCAGCGGCUGGGAUCCUGAGUGGAAAAGGGGUCUCCCCGGUUGUGGUUUCGUCCUCUUCUCCCUCGGGGGUCACUGUGGGGCCCUCGCACCCCUACCUGGGGCCUCAGUUUCCUCUGGGGGGUGCCUCUGUGCUGCACUCGCUGUUUGGGGUCCAGUCUCCGGCCGGGGGGGCCCCCAGACUGGUGAACGGACACACGGUGAUGGGGGCUUUUUCCAGCUCCGGCCUCGCUGGGGGAGCAGCAGGAGGUAUAUUUAACCACGUGAUGCCUUCCAUCUCUUCCCACCAAUUCGGAGCUGGCUUGAGCAGCUCUAUCAACAGCACCAGUGGUGCCGCUUUGCUGAGCUUUGCCCCAUUGCAGCAGAUACAUGCAGCGCCAGGCCCUAACCCCUCUAGCACGGGGGUCCCCUUCCCAACCUCCUCUACCCAGUCUAUCCCCCAACACAGCCGGACUCAGUCUGUGCUCCACACCCCUCCUCCCCCUACCCUGUCCCUUCCCCCACCCCCUGCUCUCCUAACCUCCUCUUCAUCAUCCCAGUCUUUGCAUGCCAGCUGUGGCAGUGAUGCUUUCCUGCCCACCUCUGCUCGCCAGCUCGCUUCUGCUAGGCUGCCCACUGUGCAGCAGCUGCAACAAACCCAUCAUCCGAAAUCAUCUUUGCCUCCUUCGUCGUCUUCUCUUUCCUCCUCCUCUUCUCUGUCUCGACCGUCCUUCACCGUGCACCACCCCCCUGUGCCCCCUCGCUCUGUGCCUGCUCCUGCCCCGCCUGCCAGCACGCUCUGGGUGACUCUUGGCAUGCAGGCUCCCUACAGUUCCAGCCUCCCUGGGGUCCGCCCAAGAUAAAGGGCUGCUUUCCGGGCUGCCUUUUAUUUAUUUUUUCCCCACGAUAAGGUAACUAAAAAUUCUACCUCAACCCAAUGUGACCUAUGCAAAGGACAGCUGUGGACCAGCGGGACUCUCUUCCACUGACUUGGUGCUCAAUGGGGGUUCUGUGUUCAGUAUGGGUGUGAAACUCUCUCUCUCGCGCACGCACACACACACACACUUACACACGGGGGGGGGGGGUGUGGCUCAGGCUCAGCACUGCUUUCUGAAAGGGGGCGGUGAGCCUCUCCAUGUUUUCUCCACAGCAGCAGCAGUGCUUCUCAAAUACCCAGUCCAGGUUUUCGUUUCAGCCUCCUUUUCGUUUUCUCCCAUUUUGUGUUGUGGUUUCAGAUUUAAGGCUGUGCUGAGUGCUGUGUUUUUUGUGCAGCUGAAAACCAAGGCAAUAUUAUUAGAUGGGGUUGAAACAGCUUGAGGACUGGGGUUGAGGGCCACUGUUCUGCAGCAGUGUUACUCAACUUGGAUCUGAACUACAGGGACCCCUAGAACUGUGUUUCCGAACCUGUUCUCAUUGAGUGCUGUUGUCCAUUGAGCUGCGUGGUUAAUCAUGGCCAAUGGUUUUGAAAUACAAAGCUGUGCUCAGGAAAGGGGUGAGGAUGGUUAAUUGGGUUACAGAGCUUGUGUGAUUGUGUUAUCCUCCUUUCAGCCUCUAUAGUAUUGUAUCUCACCCGAUCUGAAGAAACCUGCUUACCACAGAGCAGGAUCUUCAGCAGUGAAGACCAAAAAAAAUAAAUAAAUGAAAAGCCUUUUUGCUUUUAAACCAUGUCCCUUUAAAAAAAAUCAAAUAAAGAAAUCAAAUAAAAGCAGUAAUAAGUGUCUGGUAGCUGGAUUUCCACAGAAUAAUUGUCUCCCGAUGGUAAGGUGUGGUUUUGUUUUAUGUAAAGGGUCUUCAUUCAAAAUGCUGGCCCUUAUGCACUGAUUGUCUGUCACACUCUCUAAAUGGUCUUGAAUGUUCUCCAGACUUUUAAUGUGAUAAACUAUCCCGUUUGCAUGUAAUCUAAUACACUGAUUUCUUUUAUGCACAUUUUUACAAAGUGUGUGCAGUGGAUAAAAUGCUGUACACACACUCCCCUCUGCCGACAGCGAGAAUGCUAUACUAACAUUGUUACUGUGACCUUAAAUGAACUCGCUGCUUGCCCAUCUUAGCAACAGCACAGUGCUCAUUGAGACUGGGUUCGGGACAGGGUUCGGACAGUGGAAACGCAGCUUAAUAAAUCUUGACUGUCCUUGCAGGGGUCUAGCGUUGAGAAUCGGUGCUUUUUAGGGCAGCUAACUGCACUGCGCCCUGUCUCGCUGCGUUGUGUGAUCACUUGUUCAACGUAACCUGACCCCUGGACUGUGCAGUCACCUGCUCAACUCUGGCCUGAUGCACUGUACGUUUCUUUAUGUACCAGCAUAAUUUUUUUUUUAAAUCAGAAAAAAAGCUUGCUUAUUAAUUUAUUAAAUGAGUGUUUUUAAACAUUCUAAAUCUGUAUUUAAAUCCUAAACGUUUGUACAUUUCUCUUUUGUUUUUAACAGCUUGGCUGGUUUGUCAGUUAUGACUGUGUGGGUUGUGAUCACAUCGUUUUUGUAGAGUAACACUUGACUUUUUUUUUUAUUUGUCUCUCCUCUUAAAGCACACACCUUCUUACUACUUUUGUAUUGUGCAUUGUUCUCCACGAAAGACCAUGGCUUGCUUUUUUGCCUAUUGAAUUUUUGAUAAUGUUCUAACAUAAUGGUCUCGGUCUAAACUUAUUAACUUGUCAAUUCACUGUACCAUAACAAUGCCUUCGCUUGCUCUCUCCCCGACCUUAAACUAUUACAACACCCUUAACAAUGAACCGUGAUGACCCAAAUCCAUGUGUUUGGAACCGGCUCAGAUUUCAGGCAUACUGCGCAGCGAGGCUCAUCCCAGGUUGAACAGUUAACACACACACUGUAGUGGGUGUUUCACAAAUCCCAGAACAGAGGUGAUUGUUGUGGGCUGUUAUGCAGCUAACGAUGUGGCGUCCUUCCUUCUCUGCUGGGCCGCUGGCACUCGGCAGUAAGUGGCCAGUCAUUUGGCAGCAUGACUCGUUUGACCAAACAACUCCUUGUGGACUUCAGCUCUUUGGAUAUGGUGUUGCUUGCCUGCCUGCCUGGCCAAGAAAGAAAGCAGCCUGGAGACUUUGUCUCCCUGUUCUGGGAGUUCUGCAACACGCGCUGCCCUAGAGAAUGUACCAGUGGUUCGCUUGUAUUGUGAACACUGAUAGCUAACUGUCAACAGACUGUUCGGGACAGGGAGAGGAAGAAGGGGUCUAUGUUGAACAGUGGAGGAUCUAAAUUGUAGCGAGAAGUGGGGUUCAUUUUAGAUCAACUGCUGUUUUAUUUUUAUUUUAAAUCAUUACACUAGACCCCAGUGCAGUAGGUACACAGUGCAACUAGCUGUCUACAGUACAGGUAGGAGAGGGGUGUGCUAGAAUGGAACACUUGAAAAUAUGCUUUGUGUAUGUCAUGUCCCUGGAGAUGUUUAGGAGCCUGUAUACUGCGUUAUUGUAUGUGUGCAUGUGUUAUUGCAAUUUGUUUAACCUCAAAUCCCUGGUUUUAUUUGUAAUGAUGGGUUGAUUGUUAAUGUGAUUGCUGCUCCAUUCUAGCAGGGAAUCACCCCCCCUCCUCUGUAUAACUGCAUAGUGUACACAGUAUAGCUUGGGGGGGUUCUGAUUUACAGACUUACGUGGGGAGGAGGGGGACUUGAAUUAAAAACCAAAACAAAGUAUGAGGCUUUAUUUCCUAUGUGUUUUUGUCAUAUGCUACUGUACUUCCAUAUUAACACUUAUUAAAAAUGAAAUGCCUUUUUUCUAAAAGGAUAAGCUAUAUAAUGGCAACGCUUUAUUAUUGAAGUCUAUCCAGUGCAUCACUCUGCAUUAAACAUUCUGCUAAGGGAGUUGGAAUCAAGAUGUAUUGAGUGAAAAGUUAAUCAGAACCCCUGGAGCUAACUGCACUGUGCACGCACACACACACAUUCACACGCACACACACAUGCUAGAGGGUUUGGCUGGCUGGUAAAGGUGUGCACAGGUACCAACCUGUGUUCCUGUAUGAGAUACCAAAGAAACAGAACUGGAUCCCAAUACUCUGAGAGCUUUCUUGACACACUCUGCAGAACUGGGAUUGGUCAGCUGGGGCUUAUCUAUGUACAGUUCAGACACUGAAAUUCAUUACUAAUAUUGGUGCUACAGAGGCAGGAAUUGCAUGGAUAGCUUUUCCAGUCCUGUUCCCUCCUUCUCCUACCAGGUCUGAAUUUACCCAUUCUUAAAUCUAAAGUGUAGCUGCAAACUGGAGACUUGGGCGGUGUGUGGGUUUAAGUUCAUGAACCUGUGCGGGGUGGAGGAAACUUGAGGACUGGAGUUAAAAACGUGGUGGUUCACACAGUGAUCCGAUCCCUCAGGAAUCCAGUUCCAGAGAGUAUCUGCAGCCAGCCCAGCCUUGAAGGAUGACCAAUACUACUGGGGAUUCAUUAUUUUUAGAGCAAAAUAAUUAUUGUUACUGUGAAUGGGGGAGGGGGGAGUCUGCCUCCUUUCGGCUGUAUAAUUGUUUAUAAUUUAGAAAUAUUUAUCCUUUUUUAUUAUUAUUUUUUUUUUGGUUGAUGUUAUUGGGUUUAUUUAAUUCCAGCAAAGCAGUAGAGAAGCAGUGUAGGGUACGGGGCCAUUUUCUGAUGCUCUGUCUGAUUUUCUUUUUUCUAGCCUGUACCUGGUGCUAUCAGUCCGACUCAGAACUGUGCCUGGGGGUUCAAAAAACAGAACAACAAAAACAUAAACUUGGUGCUCUUGUACACAGGGAUGUCCAAUACCCAAAGGUAGCAAUAAUCCUUAAAGCAGGGGGUCCCAACCCUGGUCCUGGGGACCCCCUGUGUCUGCUGGUUUUCAUUCCAACUGAGCUCUCAAUUACUGAACCAGACCCUUCAUUGGACUGAUCAUUUGCUUAAUUAGCUUUUUAAAAGAUGCAGAGUUCAAGCUACUUAUAAAAUGUUACAGCGAACUUGAAAUCUGCAACUGUUUAAGAGCUGAAAACAAUUCAAAAGGUCUAAUUAAACAAAGGUAUUAGAUCAAUUAAGGGCCUGGUUAAGUAACUCAGUUUGAAUGAAAACCAGGCGACACAGGGGGUCCCCAGGACCAGGGUUGGGAACCACUGCCUUGAAGCAUUAACAUGUCUUUUAUUUUUUAAUAAGACCUUGGGGUUGUGUGUUUCUUGUUAAAUCCAUGGUGCAGCAAACAAAACACUGUACCUUGUUUUGCAAUCCAACCGACAGGAUAGCUAGUCCGCACAGGGAACAAAAACCAACAAAACUCUAAGUGGCUGCUGUACUAAAGGUGCUUGUAAACGAGAAUCGAUUAUAAUGCAAACCGAGCCUCUUAAGCUGUUCUUGCUCAGAAACUCCUGCUGAAAGGGGGUGGUGCAUCGUUCUAGCCGUUGUGUGUGCGUGGCGUCUCUCUCCACCUCCACACUGACUGCGAAGGCACAUGUGUAUCGUGUGUUAUAGCCGCUAACCACGAGGACAGCUUUGUAAAUUAGAUGGGUAGCAGUGAAAUCAGCAGGUAGUAAAGGGAUAGUUUGGCAUACCGGAGAGGGCUACCACAGCAGUGGGUAGGGUACAGGAUUGUGUUGGAUAAAGAGCAGGUAGUGGUCAAUGCAUUGGGAUGGUUAGUUCCUCAUUGGAGUGAGUGUGGACCUGGAUUGGAGUUUACAACCCAGUGUACCUGCACUACACAAGUGUGCUCAAGUCGGCUGGCUUUCUGGUCUGUGUGCAGGAAUCUGGUCAGGUGACUGCUGUGUAGCUCUCCCAAGUUGGAAUGUACAGCUCUGGCCAAAUGUUUUGCAUCACCUCGAAGUUUAGGAUUGAGACAUAAUUUAGAAAAAGUUCAACUAUACGAACAGAAUUUUAGAUAUUUUAUUUAACAUCAUGUAAUCAAAAGAAACUACAAAAUGAUAUCGCAAAAGUCUACCGUUAGUAUAUGGAAAACUACAAAGUGCUAUGUAAUUCAAUAUGUUCGCGUAAUAUUAUUCAGCAGGUUUCAUUCGAACUUUAUGAAGCAAAAUGAGUUAAUUCUACAGGGAGAUGUAAAAACUUUGGCCAUAGCUGUAUGCACAGGUUGAUUAGAAAGGAAGUGUACCACAUCAGUGGUGUGGUGCGUUGAUGUGGUAAAGUCAAGUUUUGCACAUCAGGCCGACAGUGUUCUGCAUAUGACCUUGAGAAAUGAAUCUGGCCAAAAACUUUGACGUGUGUGUGUGACAGCUGCUGAAAAUCUGGAAAGGGAGGACUGUCAUCUUUUUCUGAGGAGGCUGUGCAUACAAAGAGUCUCCUGGAUUGUCAGCCAAAGCAAGUCAGUGUUUGUGGGUUCUGAUACUGGCACCUGUGUUUUUGUCACCAGCACUGAAGUCUCUUGUGUGUUAUUAUAAUAGUAGUUAUUGUUAUUAUUAUUAUUGUUGUUGUAAUAAUUAUUAUUAAGAUGAAUAUGAUGAUCUUUACAAAUGACAUCCAGGUGAAUAAUAUUAUCUUACUGCAAGGUGCUCUUCAAACUUAAAAAAAGGAAAAUGCAGCUAUGAAUGAAUUACCAUGAAAUCAUUUUUCCUAUUUUAAUGUUCGUAUUAAGUGAUCCCGUCCAUGCGCUCCCUUUUUAGGGAUAUUGAAACCUCAGUACUGUGAGUGAGCAGCGUGUGCGCAGCAGCAGAGGUAUGCUUUAUACUUGAGAUUCGGGGAUUUUAAAACUUUUUAAAAAGACAAAAGGUUCCUAGCCUUUCUGCAUAUACUGUUUUGUAAGAUGAUUAUCAUUAUUAUAAUUUUUUGUGUUUUAAUAGUGUGUAAUUGGUUUUUAAGGUAUGUAUUUGAAUGCGUUUUUAUUUCAUUUUUGUAUUUAUUUUUUUAAGAAGAUUAUAACUUUUAAACUGCAGUGAUAAUUGUUAAGAAAAUGAAGUUUGCGAGGUACAGCAUCGUAAUCGCUUUGAGAAAUCCUAUUAAAAAAUAAAUAAACAUUUUAGUUUUGCUU